GCAUGUUUUGUUUGUUUGUUUAGAAAAUGGUAGCUGAAGGUCUGGUCGUUAGUUAGUGUGAAUAUUUAUUUAUAUUUGUUCUAAAAUAUGUCAGUGCAGACUUGUCCUUUUUUGUUUCAUAUGCAUUGGAUUUUCCUUUUGCUGUGUAGCGGGUUGCAACCACAGAAGCGGAGUCUGCUGAAAGAGUGGUCCUCGACCCAGAUUUUUGAAACCUUCUGCUCUGUGACCGUCAGCUGGGCAGAACAAGCCAUCAGUGUUGAAAGGAGAUGACCUGUUUUUAGUGCUGCUUUAUCGUUUUAAACAGGCAUGGAGAACAACAAUGAUGAGGAGAGCUGCAGUAUAUAUCCAAGCCUGGUUCCAGCCAGUAGUGAGAUUAAGGCUGUGAUGCAGGACUUUGUGGAAGAAAGAACAGAAGUGACUAUGUGGACAGCUGUGCUGAUUGGAGCUGUGACAGUGAUUUCAGUCAUUGGAGUUGUUGUGUUCCUCAUUUACAGAAGAUACAAUCUAUCAAAGGAGGAGGCUGGUGUUCCCCAUUAUCGCUUCAGGAAGAGAGACAAGGUCAUGUUCUAUGGCCGAAAGAUCAUGAGAAAGGUUCAAACAUUGUCCUCAGCCCCUGCCUCUAACACAAACUCAACCUCCCGACAGAGAGUGAGGAAAAGGACCAAAGUCCUGUCUUUAGCUCGCAAAAUUCUGCGUAUUCGGAAGGAGCCCCCCACCCUGCAGCCCAAAGAGCCCCCUCCCUGUCUGCUGGAAGCUGACCUGACAGAGUUUGAUGUGCAGAACUCCCAUCUCCCCUCUGAGGUGCUGUACAUGUUGAAAAAUGUCAGGGUGCUUGGCCACUUUGAGAAGCCUCUCUUCCUGGAGCUGUGUCAUCACAUGGUGCUGAUUCAGCUGCACCAGGGAGAGGGACUCUUCCGACCAGGUGACAUUGAUGACAGUAUUUACGUGGUUCAGGAUGGCCGUCUGGAGCUAUGCAUCCAUGAGAGUGAUGGUACAGAUGCAGUGGUCAAGGAAGUUUUACCAGGAGAUAGUGUUCACAGUUUGCUCAGUAUCCUGGACAUCAUUACUGGCUAUCCAGCACCUUACAAGACAGUGUCAGCAAGAGCUGCAGUUCCCUCCACUGUCCUGCGUCUUCCAGCUGCAGCCUUCCAGUCAGUCUUUGAGAAAUAUCCUGAAACUCUUGUUCGAGUCAUUCAGAUAAUCAUGGUGCGUCUUCAGAGAGUGACCUUCCUUGCCUUGCACAAUUACCUUGGCCUGACCACUGAGCUCUUCAACCCGGAGAGCCAAGCCAUCUCCUUGGUGUCAGUGGCCCAUGUUCUAGGUGAGGGUCAUUCACACAAAGGUCUCCGCAGACAGCCCUCCCACUCUGAUGAUCUAGGCUCAGAAAAAGUGGAGGCAGAAAAGUCCAGCUUCUUUGACACGUCCUCAUCAAAAUACAAGAAAUCUCGUUCUCUAUCCAACCCAGUGGCUGUUACAGGUGAAAUGUCAGCUGACCUCAACAGAGUUUAUGAACAGACUGGACUUGCCAAAGAGGAGACAGUGCCUCACAUGCCUGUAAAGUCUAUUCUGAAGAAGAGCGUUACGAUGCAGCACACUCCAUCUGCUGUUUACCAAUACAGUGAUGCUGGAGGAGGAAAUGUCCACCAUAACAAAGUCAAUGCCAUUUUUCAAGCUGCCAAAAAGGAUUUGCUGCAGGUCAUCCAAAUACAGGACCACAGUCUGCUUGAGGGGAGGGUGAAUCUUCGCCAGGUCAAAGCUGGCUCUGUUGUGGCUCAUCAGGGAGACCAGGAUGUGAGCGUGGCGUUUGUCAUCUCAGGUUUGCUCCAUGUUUACCAGCGUAUGAUUGAACGUGAGGAAGAGAGCCUGCUGUUUGUCACUCACCCAGGCGAGAUGGUGGGUCACCUGGCUGUUCUCACAGGGGAGCCCCUCAUCUUCACUGUCCGAGCUCACAGAGACUGCACCUUCCUCUCCAUAUCCAAGGCUCACUUCUAUGAGAUAAUGCGUGAGGAGCCCAGGGUGGUGUUGAAUGUAGCUCACACUGUGGUGAAGAGGGUGUCACCAUUUGUCAGACAGAUUGACUUUGCCCUGGAUUGGAUGGCUGUGGAGGCUGGGCGUGCUGUCUACAGACAAGGUGACAAGUCAGAUAGCACCUUCAUCGUCCUCAGCGGGCGGCUGCGCUCUGUCAUUGCAAAGGAUAAUGGGAAGAAGGAGCUGGCUGGAGAGUAUGGUCGUGGAGACUUAAUUGGUGUGGUUGAGGCCCUGACACACAUGAACCGAGCCACCACAGUCCAUGCUGUCAGAGACUCUGAGCUGGCCAAGCUACCUGAAGGAGCUCUGAACUCCAUCAAGAGAAGACAUCCUCAAGUUGUCACCCGGCUGAUUCAUCUUCUGGGGCAGAAGAUCCUGGGCAACAUGCAGCAGAUCAACGGACCUCUGGCCGCUCGUAGUCUGGCUCUCAACACCCCCACCAGUAAAUGGGAUGCUGGGAAUCCAGCCUCCAACCUAUCUACUGUGGCUAUUCUGCCUGUGUCUGAGGAGGUUCCUCUCACUUCCUUCACCUUGGAGCUGCAGCAUGCACUCAUUGCCAUUGGUCCCACUCAACUCCUGACCAGUGACAUCAUCAAACAGCGACUAGGUUCUGCUGCUCUGGACAGUGUUCAUGAGUACCGUCUGUCCAGUUGGCUUGGCCAGCAGGAAGACAUCCAUCGCAUUGUCCUCUACCAGUCUGACUCUGGCCUCACGCCUUGGACCCAGCGCUGCAUCCGCCAGGCUGACUGCAUCAUUAUUGUGGGACUGGGUGAGCAGGAGCCGACUGUGGGUGAGUUGGAGCGAAUGUUGGAGGGCAGCGCAGUUCGGGCUCAGAAGCAGUUGGUGUUGCUGCACAGGGAGGAUGGGCCAUCACCCAAAGGGACGGCCGAGUGGUUGAACAUGCGAAGCUGGAUUUCCAGACACCAUCACCUGUCCUGCCCUCGCAGGGUGUUCUCCAGGAGGAAUUUAUCGAAGCUGAGAGAGUUGUACCAGCGUGUGUUUGAAAAACGUCCAGAUCGUCAUUCUGACUUCUCCCGAUUAGCUAGGAUCCUGACAGGAAACAGCAUCGCCCUUGUACUUGGUGGAGGGGGUGCCAGGGGUUGCUCUCAGGUGGGCAUCCUGCGGGCACUGAAUGAAGCAGGGAUCCCCAUUGACAUGGUGGGAGGCACCUCUAUUGGCUCCUUUAUGGGAGCGCUGUAUGCUGAGGAGAAGAGCUACAGCCGAAUGAGGGUCCGGGCUCGCGAAUGGGCUAUGGAUAUGACCUCUUAUUUUAAGAAGAUAUUGGAUCUGACCUAUCCAAUUACCUCUAUGUUUUCUGGGGCGUCCUUUAACUCUAGCAUUAGCUCUGUCUUCAAGGGCAAACAGAUAGAGGACCUGUGGCUACCAUACUUCAACAUUACAACAGAUAUCACAGCCUCCUCCAUGAGAGUUCACACUGACGGUUCAUUGUGGCGGUAUGUCAGGGCCAGUAUGUCACUGUCUGGUUACCUCCCCCCUCUCUGUGAUCCUAAAGAUGGGCAUUUACUCAUGGACGGAGGGUACAUUAACAACCUGCCUGCUGAUGUUGCUCGCUCCAUGGGGGCCAAGGUUGUGAUUGCAAUUGAUGUUGGAAGCCAGGAUGAAACCAACCUGACCAACUAUGGUGACUCCCUUAAUGGCUGGUGGGUGCUGUGGAAGAGGUUCAACCCACGGGCUGAGAAAGUUAAGGUCCUGAACAUGGCAGAGAUCCAAACCCGGCUUGCUUAUGUCUGUUGUGUGCGGCAGCUAGAACUGGUCAAAGACAGUGAAUACUGUGAGUACAUUCGACCACCCAUUGACCGCUACAGCACACUAGAGUUUGGCAAGUUCGACGAGAUCGCUGAGGUAGGAUACCAGCAUGGGAAGACAUUGUUUGAUGUGUGGCAACGCAGCAGGGUGGUGGACAGCAUGCUUAAGGACAGACAUCAGGAAGAGUUCCACAAGACCAAAACUGGCCAUUGUGUCUUUCAGGUGGUCACCUGUCCAAACGCCUCCUUCACUGACCUGGCGGAGAUUGUGUCAAGAAUAGAACCUGUCAAGAAUGCCUUAAUUGAUGAGGAAAUGUCUGACCAGACAGACUAUGAUGAAGAGGCAGUGGAAAGCGCCCUGUCUGACUUUGAGGCAUUCAUCCCACACAGUGAGCAAGCAGAGGGGGAGACAGCAGACACUGCAGAAACAGAAAUUCAAAUCCGAGCUUGACCGUGACCGAAGAAUGCUCCACAUAAUCCCAGGCCAUGACUUCUAUCAAUGCUAUGACUACCUGUCAGGGUUACUGACAAUUGUCCACAACACACGCACACAUGUUAAUGUAGUAUUUCUUGUAACCUGUGAGAACAUGUUUGUAACACAAACAUGUUGCCGAUACUCCAGGUAGCAUGCUGAGAGACACUUUAGCAGAACACACAUAAAACCAAAACAAAGAAGUGUGAAGAACCCCAGGGUUUAGUGCAGGGUUUAGAUCUUAGAUUGAGUAUGCUUUGAAGAAUGUAAAGAAGAAUGUAAAAUCUAAAAGGGAUUCUGGUUUGUUUAACACUUUUUGUUUACUAUAUAAUUCCAUAUGUGUUCCUUGAUUUUGAUGUCUUCAAUAUGCAAUGUAGAAAGUAAUAAACACAAAGAAAAACCAUUGAAAUAGAAGGUGU